AUGACUUCACAUGAAAACAUUGGUAGCUCUAAUCCAUCUGGUAGCAAUCAAUUUCCUUUGAUAGUAGAUGAAGAUAAUGCAACCCCAUCAUCACCUCUGUUGAAUAUGCCAAACGAUGUCCAAGCAGUCCAGCCUAGCAAUGAAAUAAUUCAAGAAGAGGGGAAGUACAAAUCAAUUGUUUGGAAUCAUUUUAAGAGAAAGAGAGUUGAUGAGAAAGACAAGGCUGAGUGCAAUUAUUGUAAGAAAUUGCUAGUAAGGGGAUCCAAUUAUGGCACUAAACAUUUGCAUGACCACGUGAAAAUAUGUCCAAGGAGAAAGUUUCAAGACAUUAGGGAUAUGAAUCAAAAAAUUUUGGCGAGGGAUCAAAAUAAAGUGGAUUCAAUGGCGGGUGUGAAUGCUUAUAAUUUUGAUCAAAAUGUAUCAAGAAAUGAACUUGCUCGUAUGAUCAUCUUGCAUGAGUAUCCCCUCUCUAUAGUUGACCACAUUGGUUUUAGAAAAUAUUCAACUUCUCUUCAACCAUUGUUCAGGAUGGUUUCUAGGAACACAAUCAAGAAGGACAUUUUGAGCAUCUAUGAGAAAGAAAGGGAGAAAUCAAAGCAUGAAAUUGAUAAGAAUCAGGGUAGAAUUUCUAUUACCACUGAUAUGUGGACUUCACAAAACAAAAGCGAGGGUUUAUGGUUUAUUUAUGUGCCAUCUCCACAUACGAAAGAAGUGCUUUCUUGUGUCCUUCUAGAUACUUUGUUGGAGUGGAAUAUUGAUAGGAAGUUAUCUAUUGUGACUAUGGACAAUUGCAGAUGGUUGGAUGUAAUUGGAUCAUGCAUUGAAAAGGUUCGAGAAAGCGUGGGAUUUUGGACUGCAUCAACAAAGAGAAGGCAGAAGUUUGAAGAGACAGCUCGACAAGCACAUGUUGAAUGUACCAAAGAACUAGCCCUUGAUUGUAAGACUCGUUGGAACUCUACCUUUCUCAUGCUUUCUAUUGCUAUAAAGUAUCAAAAUGUCUUUUAUCGAUUGAACAUAUGUGAGUCAUCUUAUAAGUGCACUCCAACGGAGGAAGAAUGGGAGAUGGCAAGUAAUAUAUAUGAGAGAUUGGCAGUGUUUUACAAGGUUACAGAGCUAUUUUCAGGUACCUCAUACCCUACAGCUAAUCUUUUCUUUCCUAAGGAGUAUGGCAUUUAA